GUCACAUGACCGACCUGCUGUUCACGGAGAGGGACCUGGUCGCCUCGCUGAAGGACUACAUCCGGGCAGAGGAGAGCAAACUGGAGCAGAUCAAAAAAUGGGCGGACAAACUGGACGUCCUCUCUGCGGCGGCCACUCAGGACCCCGAGGGUUUCCUGGGACACCCGGUGAACGCCUUCAAACUGAUGAAGAGGCUGAACACAGAGUGGGGGGAGCUGGAGAGCCUGGUGCUCACUGACACGUCUAACUUGUUCAUCUCUAACCUCACCAUCAAGAGGCAGUACUUCCCCAACGAUGACGACCAGACGGGAGCCGCCAAAGCUCUGACGAGGCUGCUGGACACCUACAAGCUGGACACCAACAUCAUCUCGACCGGACAGCUGCCAGGUCAGAUUAAAGCGUCACGAUCAUAA